UUCCAAAUGCUUUCUUCGAGGCUGAAGCUGGGCAGGUCUCCAAAGGUGCAGCAGCCACAACAAUCCCGCAGUUCAAAGUUAAGCAGCAGUUGCACAACUUCCAGCAGCUCCCUUCGCCUGCUGCUAAUGAGCUGAAAGCCAGGGACAUCUAACGAGGUGAGCAGGAAGCUUCCAGUCCGCCUCCCUUCAUCAGAGACACCGGGCACUUCUGCCUCCCAUCCUCAGAUAACUUUGAGAUUAAGUCCUUGCUCUUCAAUUGCCUGGCGACCAUGGCUCCCUUUGGAAGAAACUUGCUCAAGACUCGGCAUAAAAAUAGAUCUCCAACUAAAGACAUGGAUUCGGAAGAGAAGGAAAUUGUGGUUUGGGUUUGCCAAGAAGAGAAGAUUGUCUGUGGUUUAACUAAACGUACCACCUCGGCUGAUGUCAUUCAGGCUUUGCUGGAAGAACACGAGACUACAUUUGGGGAGAAACGAUUUCUUCUGGGGAAGCCCAAUGAUUACUGCAUCAUAGAAAAGUGGAGGGGCUCGGAACGGGCUCUCCCACCCCUAACUAGAAUCCUGAAGCUUUGGAAAGCAUGGGGGGAUGAGCAGCCCAAUAUGCAAUUCGUUUUGGUUAAAGCCGACGCUUUUCUACCAGUUCCCUUGUGGCGGACAGCUGAAGCCAAAUUAGUACAAAACACAGAAAAACUGUGGGAGCUCAGCCCUGCAAAUUACAUGAAGACGUUACCACCAGAUAAGCAAAAAAGAAUAGUCAGGAAAACAUUCCGGAAACUGGCUAAAAUUAAGCAGGACACAGUUUCCCAUGAUCGAGACAGUAUGGAGACCUUAGUUCAUCUGAUUAUUUCCCAGGACCACACCAUUCAUCAGCAAGUCAAGAGAAUGAAAGAACUGGAUCUGGAAAUUGAAAAGUGUGAGGCUAAGUUCCACCUGGAGCGGGUAGAAAAUAAUGGAGAAAAUUACGUCCAGGAUGCCUAUUUAGUGCCCAGUUUCAGUGACGUGGAGCAGAAGCUAGACUUGCAGUAUGAUGGAAACCAGAUUCUGGAGGGCCUGAGCAAAAGUGACGGAAUCCUGCAGCUGGAGGAACAGCUCGUAUAUUACAGAAUGCUCAUCGAUAAGCUCUCCGCUGAAAUCGAAAAAGAGGUCAAAAGUCUUUGCACGGAGAUACAUGAAGAUGUGGAAGGGGCAGCUGCAAGUGAACUUGAAAGCCUGAAUUUAGAAAGCGUUAAGUGUGAUUUGGAGAAAAGCAUGAAAGCUGGCUUGAAAAUCCACUCUCACUUGAGUGGCAUCCAGAAAGAGAUUAAAUACAGUGACUCACUGCUCCAAAUGAAAGCAAAAGAAUAUGAGCUCCUGGCCAAGGAGUUCAGUUCAGCUCAUAUUAGCAACAAAGAUGGAUGCCAGCUAAAGGAAAGCAGAGGGAAGGAGCCCGAGGCCCCCGGCAGCUGUGGGGAGGUUCCUCCUUCUACUCAAAGACUAUGUAACGUGUACACAAAUGACACAGACUCGGACACUGGCAUCAGCUCCAAUCACAGCCAGGACUCAGAAACCACCGUAGCUGAUGUGGUGCUGUUGUCAACGUAAUUGGAAUGUCUUCUUUCUGACCUACUUUCGUGUUGUUCAUGCUUGUUUAAUUUACCAGGAAACUUUAUUUCAAAUAUUACAUGCUGAAAAAAAAAAGUUAAUCCUGUUAAAAUCUUCACUAGUUAAUAAAAGCUAGAGAAAUGUGUAAGCUUGUUUUUGAUUAAAGAUAUCCAAGGUGACCUCAUUAUUACUAGUUCAAAUGAUGAACUGUUUAUUAGGAAUGCAGCACAAAUAGCUUGCAAUCGUGUAAGAGAAAUGAUUUGAUGGGAGUUAUAACCUCCCAUAACUUCUAUGAGAAAUGAUUUAUUCAGACAUAAAAGAAAUUCUUAAUAUUAGGCAGUCAUAUUAUUCAAGCUACACUCAUGAACAGUUAAAAUGCUGUAAUAGAUUUUUUUGAUGCUGUAUUAUUGAAAUUUUUUUAUCUGUAAAGUACAUGACAGCCACUGUAUUGUAACUGUAUUAAUUCAAAUCUUGAUUCAUCUCAUUGAUACUUAUAAUGUACAUUAUCUUUGUCACUUCCUGAACCCCUCUCUACCUUUCUGGACUUAAACAACAGGAAGUGGGAAGGGCUGCUGGUGGGACAUGUACGAAGACCAGCAGUGGAUCGGAUGGGGGUAUAGAUGAGGAAGGGCCAAGGGCUGCAUGCAACAGCAAUUUUUUUUCUAAAGAAGCCUGAAGUGACUAAGACAUAAGCAUAUGUUUUCUCUAGCUGGCAAUACCAGUCUUCUGAUUACACCAAUGGUCUGUGCACCUUCAUUCUUUGAAGGAGGUAUGGUGUGGGUUACAGAGAAAAUCACAUGGUCAUAGUCCUGUUUGUUUACUUCCUACUAAAGUUGAAGGGAUGCAACUCAGAGUCCUUUGAAUGGGUAAAAUAGAGUCUAUAGGCCAUUUUAUCUGUGAACAUGCAGAGUGCAGAGAGGAACUCACAUGGACAAAAACAUUUAUUCUGCUGUACUGUAAUUCAGAUCAUCUUUGUUGUACUUCAUGUAAGGUGCAAACUAAAAAAAGUACUAGCUCAAUCCCCUACCCCCAAGCAUGCUAGUAAAUAUACAACAAAUAAAAUGAAUUUUUUUUUUACAUCCUGCCUUGACUAACAAUCAUUAUAGUGCCAGACUAUCCUUGGUUUUGCCUGGUUUUUAGUUUAGAAGUUCCUGUCUUUCUCCUGUUUUCUCUCUUUCUCCUCUCACGUCCUUGCUUCUGGCCAGUGAACACGAUAAAUCAUAUGGAAACAAUU